AUGGAGGUGGUGGGUGGUGUGGUGCUGCCUUUGCCCACGGCUGUGGAGAGCACCCAGCUGCCCGUAGAACUAAACGAAGACCUUCCUCUUCUUUUGCAGAACCAGAAAACAAAAGAACAGAUUGAAAACUUGUUACAGAAUGGAAAGCAUAAAGAAUUACGGGAUCGUCUCUGCUGCAGGCUGACUUUUGGGACCGCGGGGCUUCGCUCUGCCAUGGGAGCAGGCUUUUGCUACAUUAAUGACCUUACAGUGAUCCAGUCGACACAGGGGAUCUACAAGUAUCUGGAGGGGUGUUUCUCAGACUUUAAGCAGAGAGGCUUUGUUGUUGGAUAUGACACACGAGGUCAGGUGACCAGCAACUGCAGCAGUAAGAAGCUCGCAAAGCUCACUGCAGCAGUCCUGCUGGCUAAAGAUGUACCUGUGUACUUCUUUUCCACAUACGUCCCUACGCCGUUUGUGCCCUAUGCUGUUCAGGAGCUCAAAGCUGUGGCUGGUGUGAUGAUCACAGCAUCCCACAACCGGAAGGAGGACAACGGAUACAAGGUUUAUUGGGAAAAUGGAGCACAGAUCACCUCUCCUCACGAUAAGGAAAUUAUAAAAUGUAUAGAAGAAUGUGUUGAACCAUGGAAUGGCUCUUGGAAUGAGAAUCUAGUAGACACCAGUCCACUUAGACAGGAUCCUCUGAAGAAAAUCUGUGACCGUUACAUGGAGGAUCUGAAGAAGAUCUGUUAUCACAGGGAGCUAAACAUGCAAACAAAUUUGAAGUUUGUUCAUACCUCAUUUCAUGGAGUUGGACACGACUAUGUGCAGUCGGCUUUCAAAGCAUUUGGCUUUCAGCCCCCUAUUCCAGUACCUGAACAAAAAGAUCCAGAUCCAGACUUCUCUACUGUCAAAUGUCCAAAUCCUGAAGAAGGAGAAUCCGUGCUGGAGUUGUCACUGAGGCUUGCAGAGAAAGAAAAUGCUAGAGUAGUGGUGGCUACUGAUCCGGACGCAGACAGACUAGCAGUGGCAGAACAGCAGGAGAAUGGCUGCUGGAAGGUGUUCACUGGCAACGAGCUAGCAGCUUUGUUUGGGUGGUGGAUGUUUUCUUGCUGGAAGGAAAACUGCUCCGAAGAUGCUGAUGUGAAGAAUGUUUACAUGUUAGCGACCACAGUCUCCUCGAAAAUUUUGAGGGCAAUUGCGCUUAAAGAAGGAUUUCACUUUGAAGUAAGUGUGGGUUUUAUGAUGUCGUCUUGGCAGAGUAAAAUCUGA